CUUCUCGAUGCCUCUGCUUGCAUCAUUUCGAGUGUCGACGGUGUGCUCCUUCCCAUUGUUGAGUUAGUGGUAGCUCCUGCCUGUCUCAUUGUGGCCUCCAAGUCGAAUGGCGUUUCUCCCAUCGCUGGCCCACUUUGCGGUCCCAUUGCCCCCAUCGCUGUGUUCAUUCCCAUCUCCCUCAUCAUCGCACUCAUAUAAAACCUACCUAUCUGCUCCCAUCCACAUCGUCGGCUCAUGUUGCAUCCCCAUGGCCCCUAUCUCCCCCAAUCCACCCACUCCUCCCAUCGCUGCCAUUCCCGCCUGCGCCUCCCUUCAUCACACAGCCUCCUCUUCCAUCCUCGCAUCAGCUUCCCUCCUUCUCUGCGUCUCUUCUCUUAGUCCCGCCGCUAUACCCUCUGUUCUUCCCCUCCUCGCCGCCUCCGCCUCCCUCUGCAUCGCCGCCAUAUUCACCUCCGCCUCUCUCAUCAUCCUCAUCUGAUUAUCUUCCAUCGCUCUCACCGGUGCUUCGACAUCAAUCCCAAAUUCUCUCAACCAUGAACUCCCAACACUCGGUCGUGUAUUGGCUUCUAUAUCCGCUCUGACCCUAGCUCUGAUAUCCCCUGGGCUUCCCAAUGCCGUUCGAAGAGCUUCCAUUUGUCCUUCCAUUGCUCGAAUUGCU